AUGCCCGCUCCUCAGGACAGACUUCCCCAUCCCUGCGCCAGCGGCUUUUCCGUGAGGUCGCAGUCCCUGCACUCGGUCGGGGGCGCAGACGACGACAGCAGCUGUGGCUCCCGCCGGCAGCCGCCGCCCAAGCCCAAGCGGGACCCCAGCACCAAGCUGAGCACGUCGUCGGAGACGGUCAGCAGCGCGGCGCCCGGCAAGAGCGGGAAGGCCCCCGAGCGGCCCGAAGCGUCAGCCAAACCCAGACCCCACAGUGAUGAAUAUUCAAAGAAGAUCCCUCCUCCCAAGCCCAAACGGAACCCCAACACUCAGCUGAGCACAUCUUUCGAUGAAACGUGCACCAGGAAGCACGGGCCGCGGAGGACGUCGCUCCCGCGGGACCCCUCUCUGUCCCUGGUGAGCAGCCCGGCGGGGGGCCCCGAGGAGGAGGAGCCCGUGUACAUCGAGAUGGUGGGCAACAUUCUCAGAGACUUCAGGAAGGAGGAGGACGACCAGAGCGAGGCCGUCUAUGAGGAGAUGAAAUACCCCGUCUUUGACGGGGACUUGGGCCAGGAUGCGAAAUGCGACCUUGACCGUCACGGCUGCUCCUCGCAGUGUGCCACCCCCACGGGGCCUGAAUCGGACUUCGCCAGGUCCUCAGCGCCAUGUACUCCGAAGGGUUUGCUUUGUGACAUCCCCCCGCCCUUCCCCAACCUGCUUUCUCACCGGCCCCCGCUGCUGGUGUUCCCCCCCGCGCCAGUGCAGUGCUCCCCCAAUUCCGACGAGUCUCCGCUCACCCCGCUGGAGGUCACCAAGCUGCCCGUGCUGGAAAACGUGUCUUACGUGACGCAGCAGGCCGGCGCGUCUCCGUCCUCACUGCCCUCGCACGCCUCCGGCCGCCCCAAGCCCGACAAGGAGCAGGCCGCCGCCCCGGGCCCCAGCCCUGCCGCCGCCGCCGCCGCCCCCGCGCUGCCCUCGCCGCCGCCCCCGCCGUCCGCCCGGCACCGCGCGCCGUCCCCCCGCGGCUACGCCAAGGGCCCCCCGGCCGCGCCGUCGCCGGCCGGCGGGGGGAGGCCCCCGACCGCGCUCGGCCUCAAGCGGCCCCCGCCCUACGACGCCGUGCAUCCGGGCAGCCUCUCCAGGGGCUCUGCCUCGGUGCCGCCUCCUGCGCCCGGCAGGCCGGUGUCGCAGGACGCGGCCAAGCUGGCCAGCGCCUCGGUGAACGCCCACGGCGCGGCGCCGGGGGCCUCCCGGUCCAGGACGCCCACGAGUCCCUUGGAGGAACUGACCAGCCUCUUUAGCUCUGGACGAAGCCUGCUGAGGAAGUCGUCCAGCGGCCGCCGUCCGAAGGACCCCACAGACAAAUCGACAGAGGAACUGAAAAUCCGAAGCCACAGCACGGAGCCAUUACCAAAGUUGGACAGCAAAGAGAGAGGGCAUCACGGGGCGUCUUCCAGAGAGCCUAUCAAAGCUCAGGAAUGGGAUGGAACACCAGGACCGCCUGUGGUCACCAGUAGACUGGGAAGAUGUUCUGUGAGCCCCACCUUGUUAGCAGGAAACCACAGCUCAGAACCGAAAGUAAGCUGCAAAUUAGGCCGGUCUGCCUCCACAUCAGGUGUGCCCCCUCCAUCAGUUACUCCUCUCAGGCCAGCGAGUGACCUGCAACAGAGCCAGGUGGCAUGCAUGCCGUGGUUUCAUGGAGACCAUACAAUGCUUGAGAUGAUUGAGAAAAAGCGUUGCUUGUGCAAGGAAAUAAAAGCUAGACAGAAAUCGGAAAAGGGGCUUUGCAAACAGGAUAGCAUGCCUAUCCUGCCCAGCUGGAAGAAGAACACAGGGGCAAAGAAGUACAGCCCUCCACCCUAUUCUAAGCAGCAAACGGUGUUCUGGGAUACUGCCAUAUAACUGUGCACAGGACGGCGGGAGCUCCACAUCACUUUACACGAAGAGGGAGGUCAACGCAGUCAUGUGAUAAGUAACUGUUACAUAUCUUCUCUGUCAGAAUGGAAUGCCAAUGCUUCCCUGGAAAGCCCACGGGAAGCUGUGCCUACUCAUGGCAAGUUCUUGAUAAAAUGUAUAUUAAUUGUAUCUUUGCAAUUAAGACACUUAUUUAUCCCGGAUUAUUUUGAAUCCAAAAGAUAUUAAGAUGUAAAUAUUUUACUAGUUUAUGGGUGACACCUGAAAUAAUACACAUUAUACGUAUAUAAAUUACAGAAAUAUCAAGAGUUUUACUAGAUGAUAUAAUUUCGGUAUUAACUGGUUUGUUAUCUCUUUUAUAUGUAAUCCCUUGAUGCCUUUUAUUAUUAAUUUUUGCAUUUAAGAUGUUAUUUUUUUUUCUGUCCACAUUUGGCUUCUGUAUGAGAGCUCACAGCUGUAAAUCAUGUUCAAUCACAUAAUAUAUGACCUGGUGCUAGUAAUGUAGAAGUCAAGUAUCAUAUUCGUUAAGAACAUCUGUUGCUUUGUAAGUUUUUAAGGGUUUGACGGGAAAUGAAUACAAAUGUGAUGCAUAAUUUGGAUGUCCACAUUACAUCAACACCAAUAUUUUUGCUACAUUGGCUUUGUAAGAAUUUCUCUUCAAUAUUGUCUUGUUUAUACUAAGCAAUGGUUAGUCAGACUCCAGAGAAAGUUAUUAGGAUAUAUUUGGAUAUCCCAGCAGAAAACAUUUCCUUCAGAAAUGACUUUCAGGACAUGUGUCCUUGCAUCAUGGAUCUGAUUGGAGGAGACCAGGGUUCACUGUGACAAUGGAAGGAACAAGGAAUCGAAAGCUAAAUAGCACGACUGCUUUCAAGAAAGUGGUACCGGUGGCUUUAUAACCACUGCCAUCACUAUUUUUAAGUAACUUUUCACGUGUAUGUUUGUUUCCCCUAAAAAAUGAGAAAUAAAUAUUCAAACAGAUACGUUUACAUAUUUUAGUACACUAAACGCCAAUCUUUUGCAAAAUUUAGGUCCAUUAAUGAAUUAGAAUUUCUUAAGUUUUUCAAACUAGUUAUCACCACAUUUUUGGGUCGUAAUCUUCUGUGCAGGACCAUCACAUCCAUUCUUACUGAUUCUGACACCAUGACCAAAGAAUUAUGACCACUUGUUUAUUUUAUUUUGUUUCAAGGAAGAAACAGGAAAUGCAGGGGCUAGGGGAUGGAUGGGGUGGCUUCGAUUUUAUGUGGUGGUAAAGUUUAAGUUAAAUUCCUAUAUAUCUUUUAAGAAUAACUUGUUAGUUACAUAUAAAUAUUGCCACGGAUGGAUAAAAAGGAAAUUAUCUCAUAUAUUUUGUAUAUUUAAAUUACUAUUUAUGCUUCCUAAAAUUGACAGUAUGUGAUUCUUCUUUAACAAUCAAUUUAGUAUUAUAUUUCUGAGAGAAAAGGUAUGUGUUUGAAGUUAUUGUCAUAGUGGUUUUCCUCGUAAGGGUUUUGACAGCAAUAGUAUAGUGCUGCUCGAUAAAACCAAAUAUAAAGGAGUGAGGGGAUUUUUGUAAUCUCUAUUGCUAAAAACCUAGUGAUGCUUUAUCAGUAAUAGUUCCUUUCAGGCCUUUGAAAUGUUAUAAAAUAAUUUUUUAAUCUUUUAUAAUCAAUGUAUAUUUUGAUGUCCAAUUAGAAUUCUGAAAGAAUAAGGAAAAAGGGUAAGUGGGAGCAUGUGUAUCUGUUGUUUUUGUGUGAAUGAGUAUUCAGCAGGAGAACUGUAUACAUAAAACGUUUACUGAGGUUUUAGGUUUUGCUUGUGUAACUGAGGUGGUUAAAAAGAAGAAGAAGAAGAAGAAGAAGAAGAAGAAGAAGAAGAAGAAGAAGAAGGGGAAGAGGAAGAGGAAGAAGGAGAAGAAGGAGAAGAAGGAGAAGAAGGAGAAGAAGGAGAAGGAGAAGAAGAAGGAUCACAAGUACAGGAAAUCAUGGAGAGAUCUUAAGUAGUUUAAGUAAAUCCUACUGCCAUAUUUCACUGGUUAGAGAUUAUGUUUCAAACCCAACAAUCAAUGGAGUACCAAUCUAAGAGUGAUGAAGAUGUAUUAAGAUAAAAUCAGAAUGGAAACAGAACGUGCUUAGGACCCAGGAUGUUACCCUGAUUUAACUUCUUAUGACUACUAUACUCAAGUCAGUCAAUCGGGUAGAAGGCAUCAAUUCUCAGCAUCUUUAUGAUGAUCUGGGUGUAUGUAUAUGUAUAUUCAGGCUCGGUAUGAUAAUGAUUGGAUAAUUCCUUUGAAAUUUAUAUUUCAGUAACAUAUCUAAGUGUGUUUUUCAGAUGCCAAUCUUUUCCCAUAUCUCUCUGAAUGAGGCAGAAGAUAUUUUUUAAUGCUGGCCACUUGUCAAGAAGGAAACAGAGGUACUGAAAUGACUUGUGUUGGAUUCAGUCAUUCCCAUUUGUUCUGCCAAACUCAUGUUGCUGCCAGGUUUCAUGCACUCUUUUUUUCAAGCAAGUUAUUUUCUGAGAAGGCAGCUUGUUUGAAAAUCUGACCUUAGGCAACCAUUUCUGUUUAGUUUCUCCAAAUCUUCCUUUCAAUGGGGAGUCAUUAAAAGAUCUGGGAAAGCAGCUUCACUAGAUGUUUGACUCAAUAACGAUUCUUGGGUGCCUGACCCACUGUUUGUUGCAGCUUCACCCACGUGGUGAGUUCCAUUCUAUCAUUCAUUUUCUUUUUGUGUUGUGUUUCUUUAUAUGGAGAAAAGGUCAUUAGGAUAGAGGAGAAAAAUCAGCUUAUUCUCUGGGGGCAGUCAAUCAGGACACGUCAUUUGUGAAUUUGGUCGGAUGAUAAAACAUUCCGUUGACAGAACACUCUGGAAAGAUAAAGCCCAUAUUUUUUAUCGGUGCCAAAGAACAAAUGGUAUCAUGGCAUGGUUAUCAGGUGGGAAGAGCCCAUAUGUAUGAGAAAUGGUCUUUUCCUGACAGCUUUUACAGAAACAGAAUUUUAUUGGCUGUCAGCAAGAUGCUUUUCUACGGGAAAAACUUCUUAGCACACAAGAGACAAAUUUCUUUAGAAUGGAUGGGAGGGAGAUCCUGCAUUUCUGUUCAGUGCCAGAAGCCAGCACCUUCUGAGCUGUUACGGUAGGUCUUCAUGUGAACACUGCUGUCCCUUUCCCCGUAUUCAUGCCGUGGGAGUAUGUCUGGAGUGAGUGAUCAAUUUGUGUAAGUGAAGGUUAAUGAUCACCCAUACAAAAUAUUUGGGAAAGUGAAGCAAAACAAAAUAUUAAGAGGUUCACCUUUGUAAUUUUAAAGAAUAUACACAUUCCAAUAUAUGGAAAUUGUCUGGAUACAAGGAGAUACAACUUCCCUUUUCAAAAUCAUGACACUGGGACUUCAGACAUGGAGGUUCCAAAUCGUUUUCUUGAAUGCUUCUAGAGAAUAGAGAAACAUUUUUCUUACUACACUCUGGCUUAGGCCUCAUCCCCACAUAUAAUUUGAUUUGACUCUCUGAGCAAAUUUAGGAAUCAAGUCAAUAAAACUAAACACUUUCAGGUUAGUGUUUUAACUAACUAAAUAAAACAUCAGAACAAUGCACAUUAACAAUGCAAUUUUAAUCACUUAUAUGUUAAAGUGAUUCACUUCCCUAAAAUAGAAAAGAGCUUGUAAGCUAGUUAUGGCUACCUAUGAAAUUAAAAAAAAAAAAAAAUUCCUGUGAUUUAAGCAGUAGGUAAUCUGAGAUGAGAGACAGUUUACCCUUUCAAAGGAAUAGAAGUACAAUAGAAUAACAAAUCCUACUUCAUUGUGCCCCCAAUUUAAAUGGAACUGAAGAAAAACAGUACCUAUAAUAUUUAAGAUUAACUCACUACAUCUUCCCUCAAUGGGAGAAUAGAUAGCUAAUUGUAGAAUGUGGACAAUUUAUUAAUUUAUUAUUAACAGUUCAUUGUUGAGAAACUUAUCUAUUAGUUGUUUUUCAAAAUUCUGUGAAGCAUUGGAAUUAAAUAUUCAAAAAGAUAUGGUCCCUGCCUUCAAGGAGCUUAAUUAUGCAAUCAUUAAAAUUUCAAAACAAAGCCAAUUAUUUCUAAGCAGUUAUACAAUAUCUCGUGUUUGACAUCUCUUAUGUGUUUAUAUAUGGUAUUCUCUCUUUUUUUCCAGAUCAAGUGUACAGUCAAAAUAAAAUACUAAAACAUAUUGAAGUUAAUGUCUAAGUAUAAAAUAUGUUUAUGUAUAAGACUCUAUAUGUACACAUAUAGCAUAUGUACUGCUGUCUAUGUAACUCAGUAAAAGGAUAACACGUUUGCCAUGUUGGACUUGAACAUUGUGGCUUGUUGUUUGGAUUGAUUUAAAACCCUUUGAUAUUUGGGUCAAUUACAUUGUAGCAAAAUGUGUGUAACCUGAAAAAAAGAAAUCCUGAUUACAUUUCCCUUUAAAUAUUACAAAGUUUCAAAUUUAAGGGGAAACAUCUUUACAGAAAUAAUGUUGGAUUUAAUCUCAAUCAAAUAUAGAUGAAGAUCUUUUUGAAGUGUUCAAUUGUUCCCAAAUAUGACUGGGUUGCCCACCCUAAAAACAUCCACAUUUACAUGUGUAUACACCCACAUACAGUAUACAUACUGUAUAUAAUAUAUAUGAAAAUGUUUAGUAUGCACUUCUUUUGUUGGGAACUCCUUGAGUUAACAUUUAUAGUGUAGCAAUUGGUGUAAAGUGCACUGUGAUUAUAAAAAACAAAGCACAGUAAAGUCACAGGUCUUGUUAUCUUGCACUAAAAAUGUGUUUACGUAUUUAGCAAUUGUAUGUUUACUUUCUUGCUCUUUUCAAGAAAUUAAAACAAAUAGCUAUUGAAGAAAUGAUAUAAAAUAAUAUGUUUUUUAGUGGAUAAUGGCACUACAUUUUUAAAAGACAGGGUUUUUAAAAGAAACCAUUUAACAUCCAUUCCAACAUAAUAUGUUUACCGUAUCUAAGAAUCUGAAUGUCAUAUUACAUUUUUCAUAACUCAUUAAAAAUGUCAGGCAUGUGCCUGAAAAUUUGUGCAAAUAAGCAUUAGCUAACAGAUUUCUCUAUUCACGUGUUGUUAGCCAUUUCUAUAUACAUAAUAAUGUAAACACUGAUGUUUUAAUUUCUCUUAAUUUUUGUACUUGAUUUUUUUAGGUAAUAUGUAAUUAUAAAUGUACUUUGAUACUACUGAAGUAACCAGAUGUUGUUCGAAAACAAUUUGUUUUCUUUAGUGCAUUGGCAAUAUUUUACAAUACUUUUGUGCUUAUUUAUUUGUGCUCCCGUGUAAUUAUAAUAAAAGCAA